GAUUUGAUUAAGAGCAACGAUUUUCAGUUUUGAAGUUGUUAUUUUGCAUUGCUGCUUGCUGUAAAUUCGAGAAGAUUAGCGUUUAGUUUUGGUGUGCUACGUGUUGGAAAGGUGCGCGUUUGUGAUUUUUGUGUCAGUGCUUUGAAAUCGCAGCGAAGUACGAUUUGCUUUGGAAUCGGUAACUGCAAGACUAUGGAACCAAUAUAUGAGCGUCCAUUAUCAUCGUCAUAUUAAGCUACCGCCUUACCAGAAACGUAAAAACAAUGUAACGAACGCCGAGAAAAACAAGCAAUCUACGCUAAGCUCAAGGAUGUCUGCUGGCCAGGAAUAUCCGACCUUGCCGGAGGGGCUUCAACCGAUGGACGACCAGGUGGCUGGACAUGCGUUCUUCGAUACAGCUGAUAGCGUUGGUCUAUUGAAAAGUUCCGACGAUGCCUCGAUCUUGAAACCAGCAGGGAAGCUUCUGUGCGGCCUCCGGGAGAUUAAGUUCUACGAGCAAAUACAGGCGGCUACAACGGAACCAGAUCUGGUACCCUUGAGGGAUAUUAUUCCGCAAUACCUGGGUCACAUGAAGCUUCCCGUCGCUGGUAAAACGUACGAGUUCAUCAAGCUUUCGGAUUUGACGCACGGAAUGCUGGAGCCAUGCAUCAUGGACGUCAAGAUAGGCUGCCGCACGUGGGAUCCGCAAGCCUCGGAGGAGAAACGAAAGGCUGAGGAGUCCAAAUAUCAAGCUUGCAAGCAAAAUUUGGGCUUCUGCAUACCCGGGUUUCAGGUGUAUUCAAUAGCUAACGGGCGGCGGAUGCGCUACGGCAAGGACUACGGAAAGAAACUCACCGAAGUUACUGUGAAAGAUGCAUUCCGCAAGUUCCUGAACGCCGACAGUGGCCUAUGCCGGCAGUUGUUGAUGCAGUUCCUGUCCGACCUGUGGACCAUCCAGAAGUGGGCCCGUACCCAAACGACCUUCCGGCUGUACUCCAGCUCCGUCCUGCUAGUGUACGACGCUCGCCGUCUCAAGCCAGUAUUGCAGUACCAAUCGAAAAGUCUGAGUAGCUCUAGUUCUAAGCUCACCGCCAGCUGCAACACCGGCAGCGGACCGCUGACGGGUACCGGCACUAGCAGCACGUCGAGCAGCCCGAUCGGAGGACCCAGUUCGUCGCCAGGGACGCCGACGACCGGCGGCGACAUUGAACCGUUGCAGCAUUACUUUAAAAUCCAAAGAAGUCACUCGGCGUUCAACAACUACGAAGAGGACAUGAAGGCCAUACGUGAGAAUUAUGUUUUCAUGCGAGAUAAUCUAGUCGGGUCGUACGAGACGAAGGUGUGGGCCUGUGCGCGUAUGAUCGAUUUUGCGCAUGCAUUCCCUGCCGAGGAGGCCACUGUCGACACCAACUACCUGCACGGCGUGGACUGUUUGGUGAAAAUAUUCGAAGAUUUUCUGAGGGAUUGCGAGCUGGAAAACUCCCCGAAGGCGGGUGUGCCAUAAAAACCACACAGAACUGAGCUUAAGCAAAGCUUCAAAGCAAUCAAUGGUUGGCGUUUUGUGUUAGAGUUCCAAAUCUUAACCAUCUUAAUCGGUUGAAUUGUUGUGUUUAGAUGUAGUUAGUCAUACAAAAAGAAAAGAACAAAAUCAUACAAUAGCUAUCGCGCAUUUUAAUCGUGUAUUCCACCAAGCACAAGGCACUGAAUCCGUCGUAUUCAGUAUAAAAUAUAGUCCACCCUAUUAAUGUGACAGUGUUUGAUCCGCAACACAUAUAUACUUACCUAAAUUAUUUUUCGACAUAAAUAUUAUAUAUCUCUUCGAUAUACUGCAUGAUGAGAGCGACUUUCCGGUUUUCUUUACAAAAUUAGGAAAGGGAAUCUACUUACAUUAUUACAGAAACAUAUUUAUGUUAUUCGUCACAAAUUACGCUUUAUGUUAACUUAUAGCUAGAUGUAAGCGCCUGCGUGCUUGUACGGAUAUUCUUAAUUGUAUAUUAAACACGAUUAUUAAAAAAAAAAAAACAUGAA